UAUCAGGACCACAGGCGGUCUCCUGCCAGAGUGUCAGGAUUUGGCAGGUGCUUCUGGAAUGCUCCGGGAGCAGGAUUAUGCAGGCACAAGCAGAAACAGCAGAAACUGCGCUACCAGCCGAGAGUGGCUUCUAUUUUCGGGACAUGGCUGAAGUGAUUCUGGGGAGCAUCAUCAAGAAGAAAGGCUGGAGGAGGUCCAGCCUGGUCAUAACAACCAAACUCUACUGGGGUGGAAAAGCUGAAACAGAAAGAGGGUUGUCAAGAAAACAUAUUAUUGAAGGACUGAAGGGCUCCCUCCAGAGGCUGCAGCUCGAGUAUGUGGAUGUAGUUUUUGCAAAUCGACCAGACAGUAACACCCCCAUGGAAGAAAUUGUUCGCGCCAUGACACAUGUGAUAAACCAAGGAAUGGCCAUGUACUGGGGAACUUCUCGCUGGAGUGCCAUGGAGAUCAUGGAAGCCUACUCAGUAGCAAGACAAUUCAACAUGAUCCCACCAGUCUGUGAACAAGCUGAAUACCAUCUUUUCCAGAGAGAGAAAGUAGAGGUUCAGCUGCCAGAGCUCUACCAUAAAAUAGGAGUUGGAGCAAUGACAUGGUCUCCACUGGCUUGUGGCAUCAUCUCAGGAAAAUAUGGAAACGGGGUGCCUGAAAGUUCUAGGGCUUCGCUGAAGUGCUACCAGUGGUUGAAGGAGAGAAUUGUGAGUGAAGAAGGGAGAAAACAGCAGAACAAGCUGAAAGAUCUCUCCCCGAUCGCAGAGCGUCUGGGAUGCACGCUACCUCAGCUAGCCGUGG